AUGCUCGGACUCAGCGCGAUGCAGCCCCGGCAACUAGCCGCUCAGGUUCUCAACUUUGCGCUCGUCCUCUCGACAGCGUUCAUGCUCUGGAAAGGGCUUUCCGUUGCCAGCGACUCGCCAUCACCCAUCGUCGUUGUACUUUCAGGGUCUAUGGAGCCCGCGUUUCAGAGAGGAGACCUGCUGUUCUUGUGGAAUCGAGGCCUGGAUACGCAAGUGGGCGAGAUCGUGGUGUAUAAUGUAAAGGGCAAAGAUAUUCCGAUCGUGCAUCGUGUGGUGCGGAGAUAUGGCGGAGGCAAAACACCCCUCCGGCUCCUUACCAAAGGUGACAACAACCUCGCAGACGAUACCGAACUUUACGCCACAGGCCAAUCGUUCUUAAACCGCAAAGAAGACGUCAUUGGAAGCGUGGUCGGCUUCAUUCCCUUCGUUGGAUACGUCACAAUCCUGUUAAGCGAGCACCCGUGGUUGAAGCAGGUCAUGCUAGGAUUGAUGGGUGUGAUGGUGGUGUUGCAAAGAGAAUGA